GCACCACCACCCCAGCUGACCAUCCCGUGCGCCCACGCCUCAACAGAUCGCACCUACCCUGCCGGGCCGGCCUGCCCCCAUCACAUCAAUACAAGCGUUCGCUCGCUACGUGCCGUCGUCUCCGGAGACCCUCCGCGCACCACCGAGACCAUGGCCGUGUCCGAGCUCGAGGUCGACGGCGUCGUCUUCCCGCCGCUCGCCCGCCCGCCGGGCUCCGAGCACGCCCACUUCCUCGCCGGCGCAGGCGUGCGCGGCAUGGAGAUCGGCGGCAACUUCAUCAAGUUCACGGCCAUCGGCGUCUACCUGCAGGCCGACGCCGCCGUCCCCGCGCUCGCCGCCAAGUGGGCCGGCAAGCCCGCCGCCGACCUCGCCUCCGACGCCGCCUUCUUCCGCGACGUCGUCACCGGCGAGUUCGAGAAGUUCACCAGGGUGACCAUGAUCCUGCCGCUGACGGGCGCGCAGUACUCGGACAAGGUGACCGAGAACUGCGUCGCCUACUGGAAGGCCAACGGCGUGUACACGGACGCCGAGGCCGCCGCCGUCGACAAGUUCAAGGAGGCCUUCGGGCCCCACAGCUUCGCCCCCGGCGCCUCCAUACUCUUCACCCACUCACCCGCCGGCGUCCUCACCGUGGCCUUCUCCAAGGACUCGUCCGUGCCGGAGUCCGGCGGCGUGGCCAUCGAGAACGCCCGGCUCUGCGAGGCCGUGCUGGAGUCCAUCAUCGGCGAGCACGGGGUGUCGCCUGCGGCCAAGCUCAGCCUGGCCACCAGGGUCGCCGAGCUGCUCAAGGGGGCCGCCGGCGGCGAGCCGGCCGUGGAGCCCGUGUCGGUUUCGGUGUGAAUGAACAGGGGCACCGCGCGUCCGUCACUGGUGUGGUGGCUUGUGUGGCUCGUGGUGUCCGUGGUGGGAGGUCGUGUUCCCUCCAGUUCCUCACGGUUUGUCGGUUUUCUUCCCUGCAUAUGCAACCAUGUGUGGAUAAGUGGAUAACUAUGAGUCUGUGAUGAUUUACUUGGAUUAAUAAAGAAAUCUGCCCUUCUUUA